AUGCCAGGAAUUAUUUUAGCAACAGCAAGUUAUGAUCAUACAAUUAAAUUUUGGGAUCCACCAAGUGGUGGAUGUUAUCGUUCAAUUGAUUGUGGAGAAUUUCAUAUUAAUAGAUUAGAAAUUACACAUGACAAACAUUAUAUUGCAGCAGCAGGUAAUCCACAAACUAGAUUGUUUGAAGUUGGUACUAAUAAUAAUACACCAACUAUGAGUUUUGAUGGUCAUAAAGGUAAUGUUACAGGUGUUGGUUUUCAAAAAGAAGGUAAAUGGAUGUAUACAGGUUCAGAGGAUGGUACAGUAAAAAUUUGGGAUUUAAAAGCACCAGGAUGUCAAAGAGAUUAUGAAUGUAGUGCACCAGUUAAUACAGUUGUUUUACAUCCAAAUCAAGCAGAGUUAAUUUCAGGUGAUCAAAAUGGUUCAAUUAGAGUUUGGGAUUUAAUAUCAAAUACAUGUUCAAGAGAAUUGGUACCAGAUGGUGAAGUUGGUAUUACAUCAUUAACAAUUUCAAGUGAUGGUGGUUUGGUUGUAGCAUCCAAUACCAAAGGUAAAUGUUUUGUUUGGAGAUUAGGAGAUGACGAUACAUCAAGAUUUGAACCACUUCAAAAAAUGGAUGCUCACGAGGCACCAAUUCUCAAAACUCUUUUUAGUCCAGAUACCAAAUUAUUAGCAACAUGUUCUGCAGAUAAAACCGUUAAAAUUUGGAGCACAAAAACUUUCCAAACAGUUCAAACUUUAAAUGGUCAUCAACGUUGGGUUUGGGAUUGUGCAUUUUCAAAUGAUUCAGCUUAUCUUGUAACUGGUUCAAGUGAUCAUUUAUCAAAACUUUGGGAUUUACAUCAAGGUGAGGCUGUAAAAACUUAUUCUGGUCACAUUAAAGCAGUUAAUGCUGUUGCAUUAAAUGAUUUACCAAGAUAA